AUGCUGCCGCUGCCGCAGGACCUGCAGUUCAAGGUCGCCGAGUUCGUGACGGGCCGCCUGCCGCUGGCCAACGUGCGCGAGGUCCGACCGGGCCGCCGCAGCUACGUGCGCUUCGCGCCCCACGAGGACCGCGCCGCGCCGACGUCGUUCCUCGUCUCCGCCGGCGCGCGCGUCGACGAGCGCCUCGUGCGCGAAUUAGCGGUGCACCACAGCGUCGUCGCCGUCGUCGCCGACGCGCCGUCGUCGGCGAACGAGCUGAGCCUCGACCUCUACGCCGUCUACCAGGAGUUCUCCGGCGAGUCGACGAACCGGACGCUGACGUCCAUCAACGUCUUGGUCGCCUUCGACCUCGGCGCGUCGCUCGCCGUGCGGCUCUGCUCGCGGUUCACGCGGAACUGCGUCGACGCGCUCGUCUUCGCGUCGCCGCGCGUGUCGCCGCCGGCGCCGUCGCCCCUCGAGCGCCUGAGCUUCUGGCGGCGCGGCGACGACGACUUUCGACGGCGCAUGGCGUUUCUGGAGACCGCGGAGAAGCACUGGCCCCGGGCCGACGCGUUUCGCAACACGUUCCAGCCGUCGCUGGUCGUCAUCGGCGACGGGAGCCGUGGUGCGCGCGCCGAGGCCGCGGAGGCGUCGCGUUUGCUCGUCGACUCGGAGGUCGUCGAGCUUCUGGAGGACGAUCCGCGGAAGCUCGCCGCGCUGGUCGUCCGCCACGCGGACCGCGUCCUCGCGAAGUACGCCGAGUACCGCCGGCGGUCCUCGGCGGGCUUCGUCCUCUACACGUCCAAGGAGGACGCGGCCCUCGUCAAGUGCGGCGCCGACCCGCGCGCGCGCGCGGAGCUCGCCGCGACGGGGUAA